AUGCUUACCACCGCCGUAAAACAAGCAAAUCGCCACGUCGCGCGCCGCGACUCCAAGAGACUGCGCUUUGGCCACGAAGUCGGCACAAUCAGUCUCGAGGGCACGCCCAUCGACGAGAAGGCAGAUGCGAUCAGUGUCGAGUACAUAGAGAACCGUUCAGCACCAGCAACGCCUGCCGACAGACAACCCGGCUCCAUGCAUGAUGACUUCCUGCCCAAGGGGGUCGACACAACCAAGACGGAGAAGGACGAACACUGGUUCGUCGGUGCCGUCGACCAAGGCACCACAUCAUCCAGGUUCCUCAUCUUCAACGAGAAGGGCGAGCCUGUUGCCAACCACCAGAUUGAAUUCGACAACCUGUAUCCCCAAUCAGGAUGGCACGAGCAUGACCCCAUGGAGCUACUCACCUCUGUUGAGGCGUGCAUAGAGGGUGCCAUGAAGCAGUUCACUGAGAAGGGCCACACUGCCAAGGAGAUCCGCUCAAUAGGCAUCACUAACCAGCGUGAAACAACUGUCGUGUGGGACAAGACCACCGGUGAGCCCCUUCACAACGCCAUCGUCUGGCCCGACACCCGGACGACGAACCUUGUGCGAGAGCUCAAGGGUCGACCUGGCGCCGAUGACUUGCCCGAGACGUGCGGCCUGCCUCUGAGCACAUACCCCUCCAGCGUCAAGCUGAUGUGGCUCAUCCAAAACGUCCCUGCUGUCAAAGAGGCGUACGACGAGAGCCGAUUGGCAUUCGGAACCGUCGACUCCUGGCUCAUUUACAGGCUGAAUGGCGGUGCCGAGGCAGAGAAGCCAGUCCAUGUCACGGACAGCACCAAUGCCUCUCGCACCAUGUUCAUGAACCUGCGCACCAGGAAGUAUGACGAGAAGUCGCUCAACUUUUUCGGCAUCGACCCAACCAAGUGCGCCAUGCCCGAGAUCGUGCCCUCUUCAGAUGACAAGGCCUUUGGCAAACUCGCCAAGGGCCCUCUGGCUGGCGUCUCCAUCGCCGGCUGCCUGGGUGACCAGUCCAGUGCCCUGGUCGGACAGUGUGGCUUCGAGCCUGGACAGGCCAAGAACACAUAUGGUACCGGCUGUUUCCUCCUCUACAACGUCGGCAACGAACCCGUCAUCUCCAAACACGGCCUCAUGGCGACAGUCGCGUACGACUUUGGAAAGGGACACCAGCCGGCAUACGCCCUAGAGGGCAGCGUAGCUGUCGCGGGCGCUGGUGUCAAGUAUCUCAUCAACAAUAUGGGCUUCUUUGAGAAGUCGGACGAGAUCGAAGAGGUGGCUGCCAGCGUCGACGACAACGGCGGUGUCGUCUUCGUCACCGCCUUCAGCGGGCUGUUUGCGCCCUACUGGAUCGAUGAUGCCAAGGGAACCAUCUUCGGCAUGACACAGCACACCAAGAAGGGCCACAUUGCCCGCGCCACACUUGAGGCCACCUGCUAUCAGAACCAGGCCAUCCUUGAGGCCAUGGAGAAGGACAGCGGCAAGAAGCUCCAAGUCAUUGCCGUCGACGGCGGCCUGUCCAACUCGGACCUGUGCAUGCAGACCCAGGCAGACAUCAGCGGCAUCCCUGUUGACCGGCCUGCCAUGCGGGAGACUACCGCUCUCGGUGCAGCCAUCGCUGCCGGCCUCGCCACUGGCGUGUGGGCGGAGUUGAGCGAUCUGAGCCAAGUCAACCAGAAGGGCAGAGUACAAUUCGAGCCCAAGAUCGAUGAGAAGAAGAGGAAACAGAUGUUCAGGAAAUGGGAGCAGGCGGUGGAGAUGAGCCGUGGUUGGGUCCAGGACAGCUGCGAAUAA